CAGUUAUUUUUGAGAGAUGAAAACAAGUAUAAGUCGCCUUAUGCUGCGUCAUAAAAAACAAAUACCUGAUGGCUUUAUGAAGGUGAUGUGUGAAUAUGAAGCUUACAGGAAGUGCUUGCUAACGUAAUUUAUGCAAUUCACGAUGUACUCAUUCAUUCAAUGACGCAUAACGCGAGUUUAGGAUUCGGAUAUUUUUUAUUUGUGUUUUCGGAUGCGUGGUAGUUUCGUUUGGUAUAGUUUAGCUCUGACAUGUGAUCGCGCGACGACAUCGGUUGACGCGAUGGCACCUUCGUGCCUUUUGUGCAAGACUAAAGCUCUGGCAUUUCCCUUCACACGUAUGUGCCGUCUAUUGUGGGGAAGAAGAAGAAGAAGCCUACAGGUGGCGGCGGUGACGGUGUGUUCUACCGGCGUGCCCCCGCAGACUGGGGAGGAGGCGGUGCGCGUCGCCCCAUUGCGCCAAUGGCGGGCGCGUCGACCCGGGAGAGCGAGCUGGGCGCUUCGGGCAGCGUCACCCAGCAGUUGAGUCCUGACCAGGCGGCGCCGGCUGAGAAGCCACUCAAGAUCACCAAGAAGAGGUCGAAACAAGGACUCAGAAGGGUAGUGUCCUGGACGACUGAGACCAUUGACAACGAGAACCUGAACCGGAAAAGUUCGAAGUGCUGCUGCAUCUACGUCAAACCGACCAAGUUCGGGGAGGAUUCGGAGGAAGACGACGACGAAGGGGAUUGCGACAACUGCCGCGGCCACUUCCCCAAGGGCCGCAGGUUUCAUAAAGAUGUCCACAAAGACAAUCCCCAUGCUGCGAAUGCAGACUCUUCUCAAGGACAGCCCCAAAAUGCGCCAAUACCUGCGGGGUUUGGUCCGGAACAUCCACCUCGGUAAUACCAGCUUCCUCCCCAGGCACCUGAGUGCAUAUGGCACACCGCUUUCAGGAUGUCUUGCCUAGUGGCAAGUGCGUCGCAGAGGUGCUGCGACGUUUUUAAAUUAUUUAUGCACAGCCGCUAUGAAAAUGUGCUGUCUGGGCUUCAGAAGCAGCAUCCUCCAUAGUAAAAGCCACAGAGGUCGCCGCCACCAAGAAACAUCAGACGGUCCCUCUCGCAGAUCACAGCACGGCGAACUGCCGUGAUAUGUGGCAGGCGUGCUGGCAGCCCGAUGUAGUCUCCUGAGUUCGCCUGGAAUCCCCCCCCCCCCCCCCCCCUCAGUGAC